AUGGAAUAUAAUUUGUUUGAUGAAAUGUUAACUGUUAAACAACUCGAAAACAAACUAAAAGAAAUUGAAAAAGAAGAAAAAAUUGAAACCAAACCUGUGGAAAACAAUCAUCCUAAAAAUGAUAACAAAGAUUCGAGAACGUUAACAGAAAUAUUAAACGAAAAAGGAUUUCACAGUUUUUAUUUAAAAGGUAAAAAUGAAGAACCUGAAAUUAACGACGAUGUUUUACCAACGCAAAUCAAAUUUAAUAUUUUUAAACCUUUGAAAGAUGUUUAUCCUGAAAACACUAUUAUUACAGGACCUACAAAUAGCGGAAAAUUAACUAUGGCACGCGAACUUUUACAAUAUGGAAAAUAUCCGGAUGCAGAAAUGUUACUCGUUAUUCAAAUGAGAGAACCUAAUCACAAGUUCAUCUCAGAUUUUGAAAUGCCUACUUUUUCAAAGGAUCAUAAUCAAUGUCGGCAGGUCGUUUGCACACUUUGUAUGAAUAAAAGUGACAGAGAAAUUUCAGAAUAUUUCAUCAGUGAAAUCAAAAGAUUGAUUUCUGGCAACAUCAACUUUGAUGAUGAGAGGGUUCCACGAGGGAUCUGUGUCACCUGUAGGUUCCUGCUUAGAAAGUUAGCUUCUGGAGAUGAAGAAGUGAGUAUACCUCAACUUUAUGACUUCGAAUCCAUAUUGAUCAAACCAUCAACUCGCCAGACAACUAAAUGUGAUUGCGUCAUUUGUCAAAUUUCAAAAACCAAAGGGAAAGGAAAGCACCCCUUUGAAAAACCAUCUCAGCAAGAAGUGCAAAAAGAAGAAAAAUCUUUUGAAAAACGAUGCACAAAAUGCCUAUCUGUCAUUGCUCGAGGACUGCCUCAUAACUGCAAAGAAGCAACACGUCGUGAAAACUUGAAAGCUCUGGCAUUGGCAGAUCCGUUAGGGGCAGAGCAAAUUGCAUCAUUCAUCGUUUCUUCCAAAGAGGUAUCUUCCGAUGGAACUAUUCUGAUUUGCCGGUUUCAUGGAAAGCCUCUUGAAAUCAGACCAGGAUCAAAUGCAACUCAGGGUCUCUCCUCAGAGCCAUUGACAACACAAGAUAUGAUUAAUAUUCAGCAAAACAUUGGACUUUCUAACAAUGGAAUGAGAAAGCUUGGGUCAGCUUUAAAUCAACUAAGUCCUGUUCGCAUAGUUGAGGCCAAUUUUCAACAAAAAUUUGCUGCAGCUGGAACUACCCUCAAAAGUUUCUUUACAGUAACCACUUCACAGUUACCAGAAUCAAAUGAAACACGCCAUAUUGUUCACUGCACAAAUUUGGAAACCCUCAAAGAAAAUAUUGUUUCAUCCAGAGGCUUGCAAAACUCAAACUUCUUAAAGCUUGGCAUUGAUGGUGGAGGAUUAUUCUUUAAGGCAAGUUUGAGUCUUAUCAGUGAGCAUGAAGGAGAACCUCACAGUCCUGUUCAGAAGAAAUCAAAAUUGAUCACCAAAGAUAACUUCAAAAACACAAGUGUUCAAAAACAACUGAUUGAUACCAUUUCAGAGAACACACCAGAGACUUACCCAAAUGUUAAGCACAUUCUGGAUCUUCUCCAAAUCAAUGAAAUCUCCAUUUCAGAAAAACUUGUUAUUUCUUGUGACAUGAAGCUUGCAAACAUAGUUUGUGGAAUCCAGUCACACAGCAGUAAGCAUCCUUGCUGUUGGUGCAACAUAGACUCAGCACAUUUGGAAAACUGUGGUCAGCUUAGAACAUUCGGGGGCAUCAGAGACUUGUACAAAAAAUUUGUGAAGUCUGGUUGUGAUGCCAAAAGAUCAAAAGAGUUUGAAAAUGUGGUUCAUUUGCCAAUGUUUGCCUUUCCAGACAGGGAAUUGAUCCUUGAGACAAUCCCACCCAUGGAACUGCAUUUGCUCCUGGGAGUUGUCAACCACCUCAUCAAGUACUUGGUUCAAGUUUUUCCAAAGACCAAACAAUGGUUGGAUUCAAUCCACAUUCAGAUGCAACCAUUUCAUGGUGGCCACUUCAAUGGAAAAGAUUGCAUGAAAGUGCUGAGGAAAAUUGAAGAGCUUAUGCAAUUGACAAUUGCUGAAAAAGCACCAGAUGCAACAAAGGCAUGUCAAGCAUUGAGCUCAUUUCACCAGGUUGUGGUUUCAUGCUUUGGAUACACUCUGUUGCCAGAUUAUGAGGCAAAAAUUUGUGAUUUCAAAGAUAACUACUUGAAAUUACCAGUCUCAGUCACACCAAAGGCACAUGCUGUUUUUCAUCACGUUCAACAAUUCAUUCAUCAGCACAAGGUUGGUCUAGGUGUAUUUAGUGAGCAAGCAACAGAAGCUCUUCAUUCAAAUUUCAAGACCCACUGGCAAAGAUUCAAGCGAAACUCUACUCAUCCGGAAUAUUCCAGUCAACUCCUCAGUUGUGUAGUUGAUUACAACAGCAAAAAAGUUUAGUUGGAAAGAAAGAAAAUAAAAGACUCCUCAUUUUCAAUUUGGAGA